AUGAAGCUCCCGUUGUUGUUGGCCAUCGCUGCCCCCUUGGCCGCUGCUGCCGACGCCUCCGACGUGGAAUUCCUCACCGCCCUCGUCACCGAUUUCAAGGCGCUGCCCCGGUCCUACUUCGACUUCUUAGCCACGGCGAACCCGCCGCCGGAGUUGACCUCGCUUGCCCUCCAGGUGCAAACAUACACCGACGACCUGUACACGACGCUUCUCGACGCCAACAACGUCAACGUGGGCGAGCUCAGGUCGUUCGCGUCGAAGUUGCCGUGGGCCCUGAGACUCGACCAACAAGGUGGUGCUGGCGCCGCCGACAACAGUGCUCAGGCCACCACCACUGAUCAGACCACGGCUGAAACCACUAGUGAAGCCACUUCCGGCAAUACCCAGGCGACCACCGAUAAGAAUACCAAAAAGACUACAGACAAUACCAAGGAGACCAACGCCGGCGGCGGCGCUGCCAAGACCACCAAGACGAAGACGACCAAGACUAAGGGCGACAAGAACCCCAACACGGGGCUCACGCUGGUGUUCAAUGAUAUUGACGGUUACCUCCAGUCGCGGAACCUCGAGAACUCGCGCAACAUUGCCGGGUCGUUUGUGGCGCCCGUGGGUGCCGUGUUGGGGGCUGUGGCGAUGGUGUUGUUGUAA